GACGCGCGGGUGGUCAGCGUUUCUAGGCCAAGAACGGGGUGCAGCUCGAGUCGAGUCCGCGCCGCGCCACGCCGCACCACGUCAAAUCAGUCCGGGCCGCACCACGCACUCGCACGUACCGCGCCAUGGUCACGCGGCCGUGAUCGAGAAGGGCCGCCGAGCAGGAAGUGAUCGCCUUCCCGACCCCAGCAUCACUCUUGACGUUCGACGAGACGAGUCCGAAAUGCGCGCGUCCCACUACGUGGCCCUCGCGGCCGCGCUGCUGGCCCUCGCCGCGAUGCCUUCGGUGUCGGCGGGGCCGCUCGAGGACGUCGCGGAUGCGGUCAGGGGACUCCCCAUGGUGCUCGACAAGGUGGAGGACGUCGACAGGCGGCUUGCUAGCCUGGGGAAGGCCGGCGACGUGAUAUCUGACGUUCCUUUGACUCUGGACGGUGUGGACGCGGCGAUGGACGUCCCUCUCGACGAUUUGAGAUCGACCACAGACGUCCCCGUCGUCCCGGACAGCGAGGCGCCGGCUGAGGAGACGACCACGAGCGAGGGUGAGAACGUCCCGGUGAGUGUUGAAGGGGUGACCACCGCCCGCACUGCCGGUGUGAAGACCGUCGAGUCCGAGAUUCGGCCGACGGAGAGCGAUGCUACGGAAGCGGUAGAGAUGGGCAGCACGGAGACCCCCGAGGCGCUGAAGAAGGCCCGCGAGCAACUGCAGAAGACGGUGGAUCAGGUGCUCAAGGAAGCCGAGCAGUUGGCGAGGACCGCGGACGAGGACGAGUAUUACGAUGAUGAGGAGGGAGCGGCUGAGCGCGAUGAGGCCAUCCAGAAGGCGCGCGCUGACCUGAAGUACAUGGUAGAACAGAUGCUGACGGACACGGAGCAGCAGGCGCUGCAGGAGGCCCUGGACGACGAUGGCGAGGAGGAGAGCGACACCAAUGACAUCAGUGAGAAGCCCCCGAGGAGUACUGAGCCCACCACCCAGGCCGAGACUACCCGCGUGGACGCCGAGGUGCCCGAUGACGGUGCCGAGAACAGUGUCCAAGCAGCGCUUGCAACUACGAGUGAAUCCAAACCUUCGACUGUCCCAACGCCCACGACAACGUCGAAAAGUAGCACUAGCACCACGCCUCGAAGGCCGAUGACAACGUCGGAGGGUAGCACCGCUGCGUCUCCAACUACUAUUGAGAGCAAAACACCGGUGGCUUCGAGUACAACUACGGCGUCUGCGAGCACGACGACGAACACCCCGAGCACGACGGCCACGUGGACGACAGAGAAAAACCAGUACCAGCAUCUGGUUGUGCCCCUUGGAGAGGCAGAGCAGAACGCGAGCGUUCACAUCGAGAAGGAACUCGAGGUCACCGUGCCUCCGGGUAUCCCGGAUGACGAGGACAUCAUCGAGGCGGCUGUGGCGGCCGCGACCGCCGUCCACGUCAACAAGCAGAUGUCGUCGUCCUACUGCCCCACCAAGCAGCCCGCACCGCUGCGCCUACCCGCCCUGCCCAACGGAGCUCCCGACUCCGACAACCCGCAGUGCGCCAGGGACUCGCGGCUGCUCGACCUCCACAUCAGGAACCACACGCUGUGGGCCGUGCAGAUGCAGGACGCGGGUGCGGCGGGCAUCACCGGGCUGCUGGAGGGCAACGUGUACCACCUGGGAGACUUCGAUGAGUGCAUGGACGUGAGGGGCCCGGUGGGCACCCAGUACUGCGUGGUAGAGGUUCACAUCCACACGCCGCCCCGCACGCCGGACCACCGCCACCACCCGGACCUCCCCGCCGACCCGAUGCAGUCCGUGUGGAACCGCAUCAAGCACGAGGGCGAGAAGUGGACACUCCCGCUGGACACGCUGCACGUGGCUCUGUGCGCGCCGAGCACGUGCGACGCGCGGGACCUCCAGGACACGGUGCAGCGCGCCCUCGACGACCACGCCAACUGCUCCAACCUCCCCGUGGCCUACACCGUCACCAUCUCCGAGGCCCUGUGCACCUCAGCCAACAAGCAACGGCCUCCCUUCUCCGAGGGUGAAAUCGUCUACAUAGUCGUCGUCGCGGUACUCGUCCUCAUGGUUAUGUCCGGGACCCUGAUCGACUUCUUUGCGACUAAAAAGAAGGGCCUCCGCUGGAUCCUGGUGGUGUUCUCGCUCAAACGCAGUUGGCACAUGCUUACCAAGGCCGACCCGAGGCCCAUGGGGCUGAACCUGGACCCGCUGUCCGGCGCGCGCACCAUCAACAUGGUGGUGCUGGUCAUCGCCCACCGGGGCUUCAACCUGAUGCGCGGCCCGGUGCACAACUACAACCAGUACGAGUCGAUUCCCCGGGCCAUGCAGCAGACGGUCGCGACCCACGCCCAGCUCUUCGUGGACACUUGCUUCGCGCUCAGUGGUCUGCUCGUGGCUCUGCUCGAGCUGACGCGUGCGCACGCCUACGGCAAGGACAGCGACUCGCGGGCCCCCCUCAUGGCGGCCCUCGUGCACAGAUACGUGCGGUUGACGCCUAGCUACGCGAUGGUCGUGUUCUUCUACGCGACCCUCUUCUGGCGCUUUGGCUCAGGUCCCCUCUGGGACCAGGUCAUCGGACACGAGAGCCAGGCCUGCGCCAGUUACUGGUGGACCAACAUCUUCUACGUCAACAACUACAUCAAUACGGAUAAACUGUGCAUGUUCCAGUCCUGGUACCUGCCCGUCGACCUGCACCUGUUCUUCAUCGGGUCGGCGCUCACGCUGCUCCUGUCCCGGCACCGGCGUACUGGUCUCGGCUUCCUGGUCGUGUUCCUCGGCCUGUCCAUGCUGAUCCCGUUCCUCGUCACGUACUUCGGCAACAAGCCCGCCCUGCUGGAGAUGCUGCCCAGCCUGUUCCGCGCGCCCGACCAGAGCAACAACUUCCGGACCAUGUACGCGCCGACGCACAUCCGCGCCGCGCCCUACAUGGUGGGGCUGUUUGCGGGUUACCUGUUCCAGCGCCUGGCGCUCCGGCACAAGGAGCGCUUCACCCAGGGCGUCACCUGGCUGCUGUGUCUGGGUGGCGUGGCGCUCACCACCGCGUCGCUCCUAUCCUCCGUCGUGUUCUACGACCCGGACAUGCGCUACGACGGCGUGGUCUCCGGGCUGUACGCCGCGCUGUGCCCCGUCGUCUGGUCCGCGGGCGUGUGCCUCGUGUUCGCAAGCCUCGUCCUGGGGAGUAGGACAAUUAUGUCUGCCAUACUGUCUUGGAAGCCCCUUGUCGUGCUGAGUCGCCUCACUUACAAUGUUUACCUCACGCACUGGGCCUUCCAAGUUGCCUCUGUGGCCAAGGCCCGGGCACCGUACCAUCUCGACCCGUACAAUCUGUUUUACCUAUCAUUUGGAGACAUGAUGGCCAGUCUCCUGAUCUCUUUGAUAUUGUUCCUCCUUGUUGAAGCACCAUUCAGAUCACUAGCCCGAAAAAUUACUGAGGCACCGCCAGAAAGCAAAGUCCACCUUCAAUCAGCUGAAGAGAAAGAGAAGUCUUCGGCACUAGAAGCUGGCUUCACAGGUGCAAUACGGAAGCACAACUAGCACCUAACUUAAAAUGUAGAUAAAUUUACUGAGUACCUGCUUCAACAGACAUUUUUUUUUUUUCAAUUGAGAAAAUGUUUCACUCUAAUUAAUAUCUAGCAUUAAAGAAUACAAAGUCUCAAUUUACCUAAUUUAUAUUAAUUAACCAUAGGAGCACAUAAUAAAAAAGGAAAGACAGGUGGGGCAAAAACCAAUGCUAAUGCUUGAUUUCAUUGCAUUUAUUAAAUUAUUUGUUCCACAGA